UAAAUCUCUAAAAAAAAAAAAAAAAUUUCCAAUCCAGAUAAAUUCAUCCUCAAAUCCAGAAUGUUGAACACUGAUCGGGCUCAGUUGCGAACGGUGUUGUUUGCUUCUCCCUGUCGUUCGUAUUCACUUUGCCUUUAACAUCGACAACGAUCCCAACUACAGACCACUAAAGUAAACAACUUCUCAGUCCCAAAAAAUUUCUUAACUCCCUUUUUCUUCUUUCUAUAUUUCUCUCUGUCUUGUCACACUGCAAAUUCAUCUCCCAGGACAGAACCUACAAACUGCAUUGAAAGGUCCAAAAAUAUCUUCAGUUUCUCCUAUUCACUAACUCCAAUUACCCUGAAGAUACCAGUAUAAGCAUUGAUCUAUAGCAAUGAGCAGCUCUGCUGCUGGAACCUCAUCAAAACCAAGAGCAGCUUCCUCACAACCAUCAGAAACUUCAUCCAAGCGCAAAAGAGGAGUUUUCCAAAAAGAAUUGCAGCACAUGAUGUAUGGCUUUGGAGAUGAUCCUAAUCCGCUUCCUGAAAGUGUGACUCUUAUGGAGGACAUUGUUGUGGAAUAUGUCAUAGAACUGGUUCAUAAAGCCCAAGAUAUUGGAUCUCAAAGGGGGAAGCUAUCAGUUGAGGAUUUUCUCUAUUUGAUUCGCAAGGAUUUGCCGAAACUUAAUCGUUGUACAGAACUACUGUCUAUGAAUGAAGAGCUGAAACAAGCAAGAAAGGUUUUUGAAUCAGAUGAAGAGAAACUGAGGAAGGUUUUUGAGGUGGACGAGCCGGUAGAAGGAUGAGUAACGGAGAUUACUGAAAUGCACUAAUGUUGGUUGUAAUAUGUUUAGUUUUUCUGAUGAUGUAGAUUUGAAAUUAAUGCCUCCUAACCCAUGAUCGAAUGAAAAUAUUAUUUUAUCUUGCUCAAAUUUGAUGUGCACACUAUUUAUGUCUCUAAAUUUUUGUAGUUGUGCAAUACAAAUAAAAGGAUUUGUCUA